CUCUUCUUCGUCUUCUUCUUCUUCUUCUACCUCACCGUAACUUGUUCUGCCUUCACUUCCCAAGAUUACUCCGAUGCCCUUCACAAGUCCAUUCUCUUCUUCCAGGGGCAGAGGUCUGGCAAAUUGCCUGCAGAUCAAGAUCAACGUCUUAACUGGCGGGGCAACUCUGCUUUGUCCGAUGGCUCCGCUGAAAAUGUUGACUUGGUAGGAGGGUACUAUGAUGCAGGAGACAACAUUAAAUUCGGGCUGCCUAUGGCCUUCACAACCACUCUCUUAGCCUGGAGUGUGAUUGAGUUUGGCAAUGACGGCUCCAUGAACAAUCAACUUGAGAAUGCCAAAGCCGCCAUUCGUUGGAGCACAGAUUAUCUGCUCAAAGCCGCCACAGCCUCCCCUGACACUCUAUACGUCCAAGUAGGUGACGCGGAAGCUGAUCACAAGUGCUGGGAGAGACCGGAGGACAUGGACACACCGCGCAGUAUUUACAAAGUGACCCCUCAAAAUCCAGGAUCUGAUGUUGCAUCAGAGACGGCUGCUGCAUUGGCUGCUGCCUCUAUCGUCUUCAAAGAUUCCGACCCUGCUUACUCCUCUCAAUUAUUCACUACUGCUACCAAAGUAUUUGAUUUUGCAGACAAAUAUAGGGGUGCUUACAGCGACUCUCUUAGCUCUGCCGUCUGCCUCUUCUACUGCUCAACUGGAUACCAUGACGAGCUUCUGUGGGGAGCAGCCUGGCUUUAUAAAGCUUCAGAGGACUCCUCGUAUCAAGAUUACAUCCAAUCAAAUGGUCAAACAUUGGGUGCAACCGAAGAUGUGUAUUCCUUGAGUUGGGACGACAAGCGUCCCGGGACCAAGAUUCUUCUUUCCCAGAUGUUCUUGGAGAAGAACACACAAGCAUUGGAGUUAUACAAAGAGCACUCAGACAACUACAUCUGCGGCAUCAUUCAGGACUCCCCUAUGGUCAAAGUUCAAUACACCCCAGGAGGACUUCUGUUCAUACGAGAAGGGAGCAACCUCCAAUACGUCACCUCCACAUCUUUUCUCCUCUUAACCUAUGCCAACUACCUGAGCUCAAGCGGCCAAGUCGUCAACUGUGGGGCGUCAACUAUUACUGCAGACAAGCUGGUUGCCUUAGCCAAGAGGCAGGUGGACUACAUAUUAGGGGACAAUCCGACAGGAAUGUCGUACAUGGUGGGAUACGGGCAGAGGUAUCCGCAACAUUUGCACCAUAGAGGGUCUUCGAUACCGUCGAGGAAGGAUCAUCCUGAUCACAUUGGCUGCAACGAUGGAUUCCAGUACCUAAGCUCCGGUUCGCCUGAUCCAAACAUUCUUGUCGGAGCCGUCGUAGGUGGUCCGGACAAUAUGGACAAUUUCGCGGAUGAUGGGAAUAACUAUAAGCAAUCAGAACCUACUACCUACAUCAAUGCUCCGUUUGUCGGGGCUCUGGCUUUCUUUUCCGCCAAUGCUUAGGCCAUAUAUAUAUAUAUAGCUUCCACUUUUGUUGUUUUAAUUUUGUAGAUUGGUCUGA